CUCAUAUUCCUCUUAUCUUCAAUUAAAUCUACAUAGGAAAAUUUCAAUUAUGUCUAACGAAGACUCCGUUCCUUUGAAGGCAAGCUGCUUGUGCAAUGAGCAUGUAUUCACAGCCAGUGUUCCCAAGUCCAAACUUCCGCUGCAAAUCUCCGCCUGCCACUGCACCUCAUGCCGCCGCGUGAGCGGCGCCCUUUACACUACCGACAUUGAAUGGCCCGUCCCCGGAUCCCAGGUUGAUGUCCACUCGCUCAAGAAAUUCGAGUUCUCAAAGAAAGUCGCUGUCUUUUUCUGCGGGACCUGCGGCACCGACAUGUUCUGGGGCCAUCCGCACGAUCGCAACGAGGACCUUCUCGCCUUCUCAGGAACUUUGGAGAACGUAAAUGAAGACCUCAUCAAACUCACCCACCACAUCUUCGUCGGCGACACAGUCGACGGCGGCGCAACGCCAUGGCUCCUCCACCCCAAUGCCGACGGCUCAGAAGCAAAGCGCUAUGAGACGCGCCCAACCGGCGACAACGUCGUCGAGCUCCCCAAGGACUGGCCUCCUAGCUCCUCGCUCACGGGCUACGAGUCGCGCGUCCAGGACACCAUCCCCGUGCAAUGCAAAUGCAAAGGCGUCAACCUCACCCUGCAAAAGGGCGACUACACGAACGUGAAGAAGGAAGACCUGCCUGCCAUCAUCGACCCCAAGACCCACAAACUCGAGGCUUCCCUCUGCGCAUGCGAUUCCUGCCGCCUGUUUGGAGGCAUCGACGUCUUUCCCUGGACCUACGCUGAACUGCGCCAUAUCUCCUCCACAUCCUCUGCCCAGUCGCUCCCAACCAAUAUUGCUGGUCUCCGCGCCGCGGUAGACAAGAAAGACGGCCAAUUCGGUACACUGACGUACUUCGCGUCCUCUCCACCCGUCCAGCGCUAUUUCUGCGGCAGGUGUGGGGCCAAGAUCUUCUACGCUACAGAUAAGAGGCCGAAUAUAGUAGAUGUAGCGGUUGGAGUUCUCGAUGCGAAGGAUGGGGCCCGAGCAGAGGGUUUCUUGUCGUGGAAUUUCGACGAGGUUGAGGCCAGGGAGGAUGGUAAAGGUGGGUGGAGGGAGGGACACUAUGAGCGCAUGGAGAAGGCCGUGGUAGCGUUCAGAGAGGAGAGAGGAUAUCCUAAGUUUUGGAAAAAGCAGUGAGGUGUUUUUGGAGCUUGGAGGACUAGGAAGUUGAGUCAGUGAGACACAGUUUGCUGUUGAAUGAGAAGUCGGAGCACAACCCCCCUCGUGGGCAGAAUGAAAUCACAGCAACACAUGCUCAAGAUCUCUAUGACAGUCUUUCGAAUUUGUUCCCCAGUCUGUACUUACAAAGCUCUAGCAAAUAAUUAUAGCUGUCG